AUGACGUUUAGUAGGCAACUGUACACUCCUUUAUCAAUCAACUCAGUGCCCCGUGAGCUUGGCGCCCCCAAAAGCUUCAAACCGGCUCUGCAAACGGGUAGAUACAAGACACCAACCGCCUCGACCAGUGUUUGCAUGCGCAACAGCUUCUGUCAAUUUCUCGAUCUUGUCCGAGCUCUACGCUACAGAAACCUUCUCGGGAGACAAACGACUGGCACCAUGGACCUCCAAACAUCCAAUCAUAUUAUCUCAGACGUGUAUGACGCUGCUAUUGUUUUGAUAAAUACAAUAAUGUGCAAUCAGGUUGAAGUUGGAGGAAAGUCAAGGGGACUUCAGCGUAACCAAUCGGAAGUAAUACGAUUCGACUGGGAGUUUUCAACCGCCCUACGACUUAGUUUGUUAGUACAAUUAUACAAUUACUAG